AUGGCUAUUAUUUUGAGGUAUGUUGAUAGAAGGGGAAGUGUGAUGGAGCGAUUUAUUGGUAUUGUUCAUGUUCGUGAAACUAUUACUUUGUCUCUAAAGAAUGGAAUUAUUGGUUUACUUGCUCAACAUUCUUUAAGUCCAUCUUCCAUACGGGGACAAUGUUACGAUGGAGCAAGCAAUAUGCAAGGUGAUAUAAAUGAGCUUAAAAUCUUGAUGCAAAAAGAAAGUAAAGGUGCCCAUUCUAUUCAUUGUUUUGCUCAUCAGCUUCAACUAACUCUUGUUGCAGUGUCUAAAAGAUGUGAUGAAGUGCAAGAACUUUUAUUGGUUGUUUCCGAUAUCUUAAAUAUGGCGAGAUCUUAUUUCAAGCGUAGAGAUGAACUUCGCGAAUUUCAAGUGGAAGAAAUUGAAGAAGCAUUACGUAAAAGUGAGCUUGAAACUGGUAGGGGCUUAAAUCAAGAAUUAGGUCUUGCUAGAGCUAGAGAUACUCGAUGGGGUUCUCACUUCAAAUCCUUUAACAAUUUUAUUCUUAUGUUAGGCCCUAUCAUUGAUGUACUUGAUGCAAUUGCUGUUAAUGCACGUUUUGAAGAAAAGUGUAAGGCAAAGGGAUACCUUAAAGCAUGUUUAACAUUUGAGAUUGUCUUCAUGUUGCAUUUUAUGCGCACUAUUUUAGCAAUCAAAAAUGAGCUUAAUGUUGCCUUUCAAAAGAAAGAGCAAGAUAUUGCAAAUGCUAUGAUACUUGUUAGAGUGGAAAAAGAUCGAUUGCAACUUCUAAGAGAGAAAGGUUGGGCUUCACUUAUUGAUGAGGUAUCUAAGUUUUGUAUCAAAUAUGACAUAUUGAUACCUAACUUUGAUGAACCUUAUGUUAUCCUUAGAAGAUCACGUCGUAGAGUUGCAGAGUACAAUUUUUUUCAUCACUACCAUGCUGUAGUAUUCUGUAAAAUUAUUGACUGGCAAUUUCAAGAACUCAAUAACCGCUUUGAUGAGGUGACAACUGAAUUGCUUCUUAGAGUUGCUUGCUUGAACCCAGUUAACUCUUUUUCAAGUUUUGACAUUGAAAAGAUAUUGAGAUUAGCGAAGCUAUAUACUGAUGAUUUUGAUAAAUAUUCUAUAGUUGACCUUCAUUUUCAGCUUGAGAAUUACAUUGUUGAUGUCAGAGAUCAUGACAACAGGUUUUUCGAUCUUAAGGACUUGUUGUUACGGCUACGAUUGAAAGAGCUUUCUCAGCAAUGA